AUGACCUUCAAAUCUUGGCUGCAUUUUUUACCCUUCCUCUGUGGAUCUGCAAUUGGAUUUUUGUUAUGUUCUCAACUCUUCAGUAUUUUGUUGGAAGAACAGAGUGACACCCAGCUUAAAAUUCUUAAUAAUCAUCCUCUUGCCAGGCAUCCAGAUGGUGCUGGACAGAAUUUUCUAGAAAGACAGAUGAUGUUCCACGCAGAUCCAUACCAGCGUACAGGUGAGAACGCUGAUGUCGCUGAAACACUCUAUCGAGAAGUUAAAAUCCUUUGCUGGGUUAUGACGGGGCCUCAAAAUCUGGAGCAAAGGGCCAAACACGUCAAAGCCACGUGGGCCCAGCGUUGUAAUAAGGUGUUGUUUAUGAGUUCAGAGGAAAAUAAAGACUUUCCUACCGUGGGACUAAACACCCAAGAAGGGAGACACCAACUGUCCUGGAAAACAAUCCGAGCCUUUCAGUAUGUUCAUGACCAUUGUUUAGAAGAGGCAGACUGGUUUAUGAAAGCAGAUGACGACACAUAUGUCAUACUAGACAAUUUGAGAUGGCUUCUCGCAAAUUAUGAUCCCCAAGAACCUAUUUACUUUGGGAGAAGAUUCCGGCCGUUUGUAAAGCAGGGAUACAUGAGCGGUGGGGCAGGGUAUGUGCUCAGCAAGGAAGCCUUGAAGAGGUUUGUGCACGCCUCUAAAACGAACACGUGUACACCUGCCACGCCCGUUGAAGACUUAGAACUGGGGAUAUGCAUGGAAAUCGUAAAGGUACACGCGGAAGAUUCCAGAGAUCCCACUGGCAAAGAAACUUUUCAUCCUUUUUUGCCAGAAUACCAUUUAAGCAAAGGCGUUCUGCCCAGAACCUUUUGGUACUGGAGGUAUAACUAUUACCUGCCUGUAGAGGGUCCGGGUUGCUGUUCUGAUUUUGCCAUUUCUUUUCAUGGUGUGCCCCUGACAUUCAUGUAUGAGUUAGAAUACCUGGUGUAUCACCUUCGUCCCUAUGGUUACUUGUACAGAUAUCAACCUGCCUUACCUGAGAGUCCACAAAAAGGAAACAAGCAAAGCAAACAAAAAUGA